CAGUUCUCGAGUCGAGUUUGUAGGUAUAUACACCUAUAUGUGUGUGUACGCGCCUACUAGAGUCGCGUAUCGUAGUUCGUGUGCCGUGUGUAGUGUACUGCCGACUCUCUCGCAUACUCGCUUAUAUAUACACUCGGCCCGACUGCUCGGCUGCCUUAGGAAGGAAUGGAGUUCGAUGAACGCAGUUGAUCGUAAUCAUCAAUCGCGAGUGAAUUCGUCAUCUUCGACUUUUGGGCCUCCGUAAAAUCUAUGUAUCAGCUGAUAAAUAUAGAUUUUUGGAAUUACGCACGCAACGAAGGCCGCGCCGCAUCGGAAUCCACCUGGCCGAGAGAGAUGCCGGUAUACGCUCUGUCCUCAUCGAGAGCAACGGCAACGACAGUAGCAGCAACAGUAUCAGUCGCCGAUGAGGUCGCCGCGAAACCGCAGCAGCUUUACGUAUUGUUAGAGCACGACUACUACUACUCCUCGUAAAACUGACGAAACUUCCUAGAUGGAGCGUUUCCGGACUCGAGUGAGGUGCUGCUGAACGAAAAAGUUUUAAUCAUUGUGAAAUAUAAUUAUUGUACGUGUAUAAAAAAGAGAAACAGCUGAUUACGAAUAAGUGUUGUAUGUUGUGCCGGCAAACAGUGUUGUGUGGUGUCUAUAAUAAUCAUCGAGGUUCAAGAGAAUAAAAGCAAAAUUGUGCGUAGUGUAUAGUUAGAGUUUUGUCUUUCAUCCUCUUUUUCGCGCGCGAGUGCUGUAUAUUGCAAAAAAAGAAAAGGAAGAGAUCGACCUGGUGAAAAUGUUCAAUUUCAUGAAGAAGACCACCGAGAAGGAGGAGAAGGAGAAGAGAAAACGCGAGAAACGCGAAAAGAAGGACGUGAAGAAAAGGGAUCGCAGCAGCAUGUCCGCCGAGGAAUUAUUACGACUCGACGAGUCACGCGACUCGGGUGUUUCCGAACAGAUGCGGAGAUCGCUGAAGAUACGCAGCCGGCGCAAGGAGAAGGAAAAGCUGCCGAGCGGCAUCACCGCCGACUACAGCGCCUCGUUCUUCGCCCAGCUCGACCGGGACGUACUGGACGACGUGCACAAGUCCACGGCCAACACCACCAUCAACAAUUCCGUCUCCAUGCUGAGCGGCGGUAGCAGCAGCACCAGCGGCAUCGGGCACAGCAUCGUCAUGCAUCAUCCGGGCCCGCAGUCGGACUCGUCGGAGGCGUCGCUCACGUCGCUGAGCAACAACGGCAAGCCCAAUCUGCCGCCGCUGCCGCCCAAGCCACCGAAGCGCGGCAUCCUGAAGGGACCUAGGCUGAGCGUCGACCCGGGUUCCCUCUCGCCCACGGCCAGUCACAACGGCGACAAUAAUCAUCAUCAUCAUCCUCAUCAUCAUCAGCAGCAGCCGCAUUCGCAUCAUCAUCUUCAACAACAUCCGCUGCCGGCACCGAGCGAGAACAAUCUGCUGCAGAGGAACACCCAGCAGAACGAGGUGAUAGCCUACCAGAAUCUGCCGCUGAACAAGAGCAGCAGCAUGAGCGCCUCGGAGAGCCGCGACGAGCUGCAGAUGGUGUACAGCGAGGAGGAGUUCAGUAAUCAGGUGCUGCGACGAGGCAUCAGCCCGAAUCAGUACGUCGGUCAGCAGGACACCCGAUUAUUGCACGUCAUGACCAGCGCGAGCCCAUCGGCGGACUCGCUCACGGACACGACCAACUCGAGCUUCGCUACUCCGCCCUUCAGCCUGUCGCCGGUCGGCGAGUCGCAGGGCUUUUCGCGCUGGCGCUCCAGCGGCUCGUUCGAGGAGCAGGGCGUGGCCGAGCUGCCGCUGCCCGAGAUCUCGCCCCUGGAGCUGCCGGAGCCGCGCGAGCUGGUCAUUCAACGUCAGCCGCCGCCGCGCUCCGACUUCGGCUUCUCGCUGAGGCGCGCGGUGGUGGUCGAGAGAACGUCCGGCCUCGGGAUCGGCGGCUGCUCCACGACCGUCACCCAGAUGAAGCCAGUGAUAUUCGCCGAGCCCGGUGCCAUCGUGCAGAACUGCAACGACACGGGCCUGCUGCCCGGCGAUCGGCUCAUCGAGGUCAACGGCGUCAACGUCGACGAGAUGGCGCGAGAGGAGAUCAUCGAUCUGAUCAAGGGCUCGAGCGGCAGCGUUACCGUAAAGGUACAGCCGGUGGCCGAAUUGUCGGAGCUGUCGCGGCGCAGCGGCAGCGACGGCCACAAAAUCGAAUUGGCCCAGGCCAACAUACGCGGCGGAACCCUGCGUCGCUCGGGCAGCCUACGCUUCCAUCAGAAUAGGGCCAAAUCGGAGGAACACUUGGCGCAGGAGCAGGCAUGGCUGGCGGCGGAGCGCGUCUGGUUGCUGCAUCGCGGGGGCUUCACGGCGGCAUCGAGAUGCCCGAGCCCCGCCGAUCCGGACACCGGCAAGCUGCGCAUCAGACUCGUCGGCUCCGGCGAGGAGCUGCUCGUCGACGAGGAGGAUGUAGAAAAGGCGAAUCCACCGCAAUUCGACCGAUCGGAGGAUCUGUCGCAGUUGCGCUUCCUCAACGAGUCGUCGGUGCUGCACACCCUGCGCCAGCGGUACGCCAGCAAUCUCAUUCACACUUACGCCGGGGACAGCAUGAUAAUCAUCAAUCCGGCGGCACCCCUCGCCAUUUAUUCGGACAAGGUGGUGCAGAUGUUCAAGGGCUGCAAGAGCGAGGACAUGCCGCCGCACGUGUACGCCAUGGCCCAGUCGGCGUAUCGGGGCAUGCUGGCCAGCCGCCGAGACGCCUCGCUCGUCUUCCUCGGCCGUAGCGGCUCCGGCAAGACCAGCAACUUCAAGCACGCGCUGCACUACCUCGUCGUGGCGGCCGGGGCCGUCAACAAGGUCGUCACCCCGGAGAAGCUCAACGCCGUGUUCAGCGUGCUCGAGUCGUUCGGCAACAGUCGCACCCACAUCAACGUCAACGCGACGCGCUUCACGCAGCUCUUCAGUCUGGACUUCGAUCAGUCCGGACAGAUAGCCUCGGCCUCGGUGCAGGUCAUGCUGCUCGAGAAGUCGCGCGUCGGCCGGCGCCGCGUCAACGGCGACCCGACCUUCCACGCGAUCUAUCGGCUGCUCGCCGGCGCCGAGGGCAGCCUGCGCAAGGAGCUCCACCUGACCAAUCUCGUGAACGAGACCAACGGCAACGCCAAUCCCUUCAUCACCCCGUUGCAGAAGCACGAGGACAAGCAGCGCGCUCAGGUCGAGUUCAACAGGGUGGUGGCGGCGUUCCGCGUUCUCGGCAUCAGCGAGGCCGAGGAGCGUGCCAUCUGGUUCGUGCUCGCCGGCAUCUAUCAUCUGAGCUGCGCCGGUGUCGUCAAGACCCAGUCCAGGUGGCAGUUCGCGCGCGCCGAGUACGCCGCCCACGCGGCCAAUCUCCUCGGCACGACCGUCGAGGAGCUCAGUCGUACCGUGUUCUCGGUCAACAAUUCGGUCGCGGGACAGAACCAGUCGAAUCAGCGAGGCAGCAACAGUCUGAGAACACCCAGUCCAACGGACCCCAACAAGGACUACGCUGGAUUGGAUGGUCUGGAAGCUCUACUCGUUGGCCUCUACCACGAGGUCUUUCUUUGUGUAGCUGCUCUAGUCAACAGGUCGAUAGGCUCAUCAACGCACACGGUGACAUCGUUGCUGCUCUGCGACGCGCCUGGCUUUCAAAAUCCGGCAACGUGCGGACGUCAGACGGGAGCUAGUUUCGAGGACCUCUGUCACAAUUAUUUGCAAGAGCGACUGCAGCUUUUGUUUCAUCACACUACUCUAGUUGCACCCAAAGAUAGAUACGCGCAAGAAGGAAUAGAUAUCGAUCAUGAAGACGAAAUAGAGGAAGGCGUUGGAUCACCCCAAGCCUUAGUGUCUUUACUAGACCGAGGAAACUCGCAAAGUGCCACGAUGUUACGUACAAGCCAAAGCGAUCUCAGCAGCAGUCGACAGAUUGAGAGAAAAGGGCUGUUAUGGCUGCUCGACGAGGAAACAGUACUACCUGGUGGAAGCGACGAAAGCUUCUUAGAUAGGCUUUUUACACAUUAUGGAGAUAGAGAUCAUCAGACGCUGCUGAGAAAAGCGCCAGGAAACAAUCAAUUUGUGCUACAACAUUUACAGGGUACAAAUCCCGUUCUCUAUACUGCAACAGGAUGGUUAAAAGCAACUCGCGAAAAUCCUUUAGCUAAAAGUGCAAUAAGUCUUCUACAAGAGAGUAAUCGGGACGACAUUAGUCGCAUAUUUGUUUACGCUCGAGGUGCUGGGAUAUCCGGUGCCUUGAGCGGUUCGAUGCAUGGAUUAGAAGGUUCACAAACUCUGCGGCGAGUUUCUAGUAUAAGGCGUACCUUCCCCGCGGUUAAGCGAAAAAACAUUGGUCUGCAAGUUAAAUACACUGUGGACGGUCUCAUCGAGACUUUAAGAAGAACACGAGUGAAAUUUGUUCAUUGCUUUUUGCCUCAACACAAUGCUGGUUGCAUUGAAAACAAAACUUUCCUUGCUGCCAAACCCGGCCAAAGUGAGGACAAUCUCAUUAAUGUUCCAUUGCUUCGUUCACAGGUUCGAGGUAGCCAAAUACUGGAAGCCGUACGCCUUCAUAAGGUCGGUUUUCCAAAAUUCAUGCCUCUUGGCGAAUUUCGUCGCCGUUUUGCUCUGUUAUCGUGUGAUUCGAAUAUUCGUCCUGGAAGUCCAGUUCCCGACGAACGCCGAGCCGUCGAAGACAUGUUGCUGUCCGUCGACGUGGAUCCUGCAACUUAUCGCGUCGGACAAAGUCAGAUAUUUUUCCGUGCCGGCACGCUCGAACGAUUGGAGUCACAAAGGGACGAGAAGCUCACGGGACACAUAAUUCUGCUGCAGGCGAGAUGCAGGGGUUAUCUCGCGCGAAGGAAACUCAACACUCUCAAGCUUCAAGAUUUGGCAGUGAGAUGCAUCCAGCGCAACGUGCGAAAACUCAUGUCCGUCAGGGAAUGGUCCUGGUGGCGAUUGUACGUGAAAGUGGCGCCUCUGCUCAACGUUCACCGCACCGAGGAUCAGCUCAAAGCGAGAACGGAAGAACUGGAGGUGCUGCGCGCAAAGGUCGAUCGGCUGGAGCAGGAAAGGAAUCAUCUGAAGCACGACAACGACAGGCUCGAGGCCAAGUUGAGCGAGAUGACGGCCGACUUCGCGGAGGAGCACUCGACGUCGACACUGGCCGCGGAGCGCAUCGACGCCGAGCACGGCGAGCGUCUCAGGCUCGAGCGCGAGCUCCAGGAUGUCAACGAGACCAACAAGAAUCUCCAGCAGCAGGCCGAGCGUCUGGAGAUGGAGUUGCUCUACGCUCGCGCGGCGGAUCUCAACGGCCUGACGUCGGACGCCGAGGACGGCGAGGACGGCGCCGUGUACAAGCAGAGGUAUCAGCACGCGAUGCGCGAGCUCGAGUUCACCAAGCGCAAGAUGGCACAGCAGCACGAGGACGAUCUCGAGCAGUUGGUCGGUUUGAAGAAGCAGCUGGAGAAGAAGCUCGCCGACGCUUACGAAGAAGUCGAGGAGCAACGACAGGUAGUCGGCCAGUGGAAGCGACGAGUGCAGAAGCUCAACGGAGAGAUGCACGACCUGAGACUGCUGCUGGAAGAGCAGAACGCCCGGAACAAUUUGCUCGAAAAGAAGCAACGCAAGAUGUUACUUUGCAGAUUCGAUGCAGAAUCGGCAAACGUCAUGGAUGAAUUGCGGCAAGAAAAGGCCGCGCGAGAACGAAUGGCUCGCGAGAAAGAGAUCGCGAUCGCCGAAAAGUUCACGAUCGAGCAGACUUUGAGCGAUGUGAGACUGGAACUCGAAUUGAAAGAAGAACGCUUGCACACAUUGACCCAAGAAUUGGAGGAGCUCACGUUCGGUGGCAAGACCGAGGAAGAGGUGGCUCAGCUCAAGAAGGCCAAGCACGAGCUGGAAAAGAAAUUGAAGGAUCAGGAAGAGGAGCUCGACGAUCUGGCCGGACAGGUGCAACUGCUCGAGCAGGCCAAGCUGCGUCUGGAGAUGAGCAUCGAGCAGCAGCGCAAAGAAAUGCGCAAGGAGAUGCAGCUGCGCGACGAGGAGCUCGAGGACGUACGCGGCAACUCGAUGAAGAAAGUCAAGGCGCUGGAGCAGCAGCUGGAGAACGAGCACGAAGAGCGGACGCUGGUGCUGCGAGAGAAGCACGAGCUCGAACGAAGAUUAAUGGCGCUUGAGGAUCAGGACAGGACCGACAGGGCCGCCGAAGCGGAGAACACGCAGAGAUUGAAGCGCGAUCUCAAGCGGACGCGCGCGCUGCUCAGGGACGCCCAGACAAUGCUCGAGCGCUCGAAGGGAGACUCGACGGGCAAAGCCGCGCUGCGUCACCUGAAAAAUCAGCUCGAGGACGCGGAAUGCGCGAGAGCCGUGGCCGUGAAAGCCAAGCAGGCACUGGAGCAGGACCUCAGAGAGACCCAAGCCGCGCUCGAGGAGGUAUCUAGACAGAGAUCGGAGGCCGAGGACCGAGCCAACGCAGCCAACAGAGAGCGAGCCGAGCUCCUCUCGCAGGUCGAAGAGAACGAAGAAGAGCUCGCAGAGGUGCUAAAGAAAUAUCGUGCGACCGUGCAGCAAGUGGCAGACGAGCAGGCACAGCUGUCCGAGUGCCAAGUACAAAUAUCAGCACUGGAGGCUGAGAAGGCAUCGUUGAAGGAUCAGCUCACGGAGUUGAGUCAACGACUGGAAUCGGUCGAACAGCUUGGCGAUCCCACCGCCAACAGCCUCGCGACCAGACGUCUCGAGUUCCGUACUAAAGAACUCGAAAGCAAACUGGAGCUCGAACAAACGACGAGAGCGAGAUUGGAGACACAAAUUGCACGAUUGAAGGAGUCGGUCGAGAAACUUCAGUCGGAGACUGCUCAAUUGCGCACGAAGGAGCAGAGCGCACAAGACACGGCGCGUCGUUUGCAGCGCUCUCUGCGCGAAGCUCGCGAGGAGGCAGCCUCGGCAUCGGCGCGAGAACAAGAAGCUACGAGGGCGCGUCGGGAUCUUGAGAAAGCUCUCGAGGCCUCGGAAGCCGAAACUAAAGUUGUUAAGGAUGAUUUGCGACUGGCGCUGCAGAGAAUAGAUGACCUGCAGAGUGCCAUACAAGGUGAUCUUGAUCUUGACUGCAGUGAGGAAGCCACUAGCGAAAAUAGUGAUAGCGAUUGAUCGAUAUCGAUUUCGGAUGCAGUGUCCAACGAUGGAGACGUUAAAGAAGAGAAUGGCUGAAACGAUCAAAACUCAUUUGUAUUUAUAAAUGACAAUGGGAGCAACGAAUUAAUCAAACUCCUAAGAUAGGGAAAACAAAACGACUGAAAAUCAAAGUGCGGUCCGCAAUUUUGCGGAACACUGCGGUAUUAUUCAAACGAAAAAUGUUUUAUAUUAGCUUUUUUAAGUAACUAAUUGUAGUUUUCAAACGCGAUAGAGGUAUAUCUCUCUCAGAGUCUUAAGUGCGAAGCGAAAUAAUCAACAAAAGUAAUCAUCGUUCCGAUUGUUCACGCAGUUAUUAUUAUGUAUUGUGCGGCAAUUUUACUCAUUUAUAUUUUUUUGAUUUAAUUGAGAGCCAAUGUAAGCUAUAUAUGACGGAGUAAGGCUCACCAAUUUGUAUAAUCGUGUUCAAUUGUUUCUUAAAUCUUGUCAAAAAUUGAUUAUUUUUGGUGCUGGCUCUCCACUGAAAAUGACCAGAGAUAUAUGUAAUAAAUCUCGGUCAAAGUCUUCCAUAACAGGAAAUUUUAAUCAAUUUAAGAGAGCGUAUUGGUGCAAUCGAGGUCCUAACUCCGUUAUGCUGUAAGGCAAUAAUUAAAAGCUUGAACAAUAAUUAUUUAAGACACAAUAAUUAAAUCAAUAAAAAAUCUACAGGUCAAACCAGAUUGUCUAUUUGAACAUACAUGUAAUUUUAAUAAGAUUUAUCUCUUUCUAUUAUUUCGUAGUAAGAUUUAAAUGAACGAAAAAUUGCAUAUACGUAAAUGAUGAAAUGUAAGUUACAUAAAAAUGUAUCAUUACGAUUUUAUCAUUGGAAGGUCAGUUCUGAGUCAUCCCGUUCAGUAUAAGAGGAUAUUAGAAAUUUGAGGAGUACCGAGUCAAGUAGAGAUUGAAAAAAAAAUUAGAUUUAUUAUAUAUUUAUAUAUUAUAAGUAAUUUUAUGGUACAUUAUGUUUCGAACGAAAAUUUGUUGACGCAAGUCUUAACGGAACGUAAUGGAUGUUAUUUAAUGUCAAUCAGGAAUCGUUUUUACUUGUAUGUGUUUAUUUUAUGUAUAAAGGAAUUAUAAGAAAAAAAAUCUAUUUGCUGUUCGAUCGUCUUGUAAGGGAUCUAUAUGUAUAACGUAUUGCUUUGUAAAAUGCAGAAAACAUUUGAUUAAAUUGA